CAUUUCGAUUUAUUUAAUCUGUGUGUGUAUCGUCGUCUUCUUUGGUCACCUCGCCUAUUUGCUGUAAUUUAUAGAAAACCGCCGAAAAAUGGCGAAAAGGAUUGCUCAGAGCUCUGUAAACUGGAGUGCCCUAGCCGAGAGGGUGCCCGCUGAACAGAAGGUCAACCUAUCAGCAUUCAAACUCAAAUCCGAUACCUACCUCCGAAGGGUUUUGGCUAACCCUGCUGAGCCGCCAAAGAUCAACUGGGCCCAGUACAAGAAUGUGGUGCCUAUCCCCGGCAUGGUGGACUCCUUCCAGAAGCAGUACGAGGCGCUGAAGAUCCCCUACCCGGCCGACACCAUGACCGCCAAGGUGGACGCGCAGUGGGCCGAGGUCAAGAAGGCCGUCGACGCUUUCAUCGCCGAAUCCAACAACCAUAUUGCAAACUAUGAAAAAGAAAUUGCAGUGACCAAGGCACUGCUGCCUUACGAUCAGAUGACCAUGGAGGACUUCCGCGAUGCAUACCCCGAGGAGGCCCUGGACCCGCUCAACAAGCCUACCUUCUGGCCCCACGACGCCGAGGAGCAGCUGGACUAUGUCGACCCCGAGAAGAGCCACGCUCCCGCCCACUAACUUUACUAGCUAAUUAACAUUUCAAUAUCACUCAACAUUUUCAGUUGGCCAAAAUGGACUUUCAGUGAAUCAAAAUGUAUAAAAGAACAAGAUCCAAAUCAAUACCAUUGUUCAGUGAAACUAAAAAUAUUAUGUUGUAGGAAUAAAGUAUAAUAUUUA